AUGGGUAGUGUGUUUGGCGCUGAUUUACGUAGCAGGGAUGAAUGGCGACAGUCACUCAAAGAAAAACACAGUAUUGCUUUGUUUGUCACAAGUGACGUGGAAAUCUUCGGUGAAACAGUAAUCAGUUUCGAUGAAGUGCAAUCGUUGGAUGAUGUCAAGCAAUUGGCACUGGCAUUUUUGCGCAUUGUGCAAGGAAUAAAUCUAAAGUUUUUGCGCCUUCCGUUCGUUCCUAAAAACUGGAUGUGUUCUGACUGUAAAGCAAUUGUGAAAGCGCAGGAGGCGGAAGAAAAAUGGAAAAAACGACAAGCUGUGAAGAAAGAAGAAGGUGAUUGCGAAGAAAGCGAUGAAGAAGUUGGCACAACAGCUGAUGACUCUGUUGAACAGUCAUCUUCCGAUGAAGAGUUCCAACUUCCACCAGAGAUGCUGAAAACUUCCAGUGGACGUAUUGUUAAAAAGAGGUCGUACAGUGAAGAAGACAGACAAACAAGGAAAAAAACGCAUAUUGAAAAUGAUGAAGUCUAUAACAGUGAAUACAGAUAUCCGAAGCGCACGCGCUCAAAUAAUACUGGUGCGCAGAUCCAGAGAGUUGUGACAAUGAGUUUGCGGGAAACCGAUAAUCGAACACGAAAUGCAUUACGUGCUUUUGAGCCACUGGUCAGUGAGGCGAUGCGGCAGCAGUUUUCGUGGCCUUUUCUGAAACCUGUCGAUGCUAAAAUUGUUCCCGAUUAUUAUCAGGUAUUUGUUGUGAUAUUUUAUACAGCUGCUUCUUAG